AUGGCUGCUCCGAACGGUGUAGUUUCAAAGGUCAAGGAAUACUACUGCCAAUAUACUAAUCAGCUGUGGAAGAAGCAUAAGACAUGGCAUGAUGGGAAACUGAAAUACUUCCUAUUGAACAAUAAAUUUCAACUUUACACCGUUGAGGACAAUGUGCUACUUAGCAGCGAAUUCGUCACCAACAUGCAUCAAUUACAGCAUAUACUUGAUUCGACAGGAUUCGGAGCGGAAGAACAUAAAAUUUUCAGUCAAUAUAUAGUAGUCAUUGAGAGUUUGCAUUGCCAAUAUGAGCGUGACAUAAAUGGGUUUAUUAAAGACAAUAAACGUUACUUCAUAUCCAAAGCAGAUGAACGAUCCCAUCCAUCCACAACUAUGGUACCGAACAGAACAAUCACAGCAGUACCGCCAGAGCACAGUCUCAGCCGCACGAGAUUUUCUAAUAGUCUAGCACUACAAUUUAACAAGCCGUUUCAACCCCCCCGAAGAAUUUCGAAAUCACGUACUAAUUCACGAGCACAGCAACCUGAUAAAUUGCAAAGGAUACCUCUACAACCAGAAGAUCACAGCGUUGAAUGUAGGAAAAUGAAUCACAGUAGAUCAGGAUCAAAAAGUGGCACCAUCAAAGAAGUACUGAUAAACAAUUCUGAUAACCAGGCCAAAGAGAUAUCCCGCGGCCCGCAGUCCUUAGCAUUGGAUAUGAGAGAUAUAAAGACUUCAAAAGCACGUGAAGAAGCUCAAAGGAAGACGAUUGCAAAAGCCCAAAGUGUUCCUGCGGUAUCGCUUAGUAGCAACAAUUUGUAUUCGACAGAGUUCCCGAAUUCUCUACCAGACAAGGUAUAUCGCCCCCAUAACCUCCAAUGCAAUAAUAUGAACUCAUCUAGUGAAACACCUUUGUUCGAUUUAAAGGACCAUCUUGGUAGUGGGCAAUCCAGCCAACCAGGUACCGAGAUACGGAUAAGUAGAAGAAGAGUCACUAUCAAUCACGAACCCAUCAGCCUUUCUCGUACAUCUUCGAAUGCAUAG